UAUAUAGAGUGGACUCAUCUCUUCACCAUCCUAGUUUGCUGCUCUUCCAGCGCUGGACCAGACCGUUUUCAGAUUGCCAGAGACGGUAUUAACAGCGCCAUGAAGAGUUUCGUGUGCUUGGUGGCAGUGUUCACUGUUUGCGCAGCGCUGAGCCCUGGCCACAUCGAAAACUUCAUCCAGACAGACAGUGGUGAUGGUACAAUCACGCUGGAGUGGGACUUCGUGGAAGGAGCCGACCCUCUUGAGAAGUACACUCUUAUGGUUAACAAUGACCCUGACUACACAAUAAGUGUCCGCUGCCCUUUGAGUCACUGUUCUGUUACCGUAGACUACUUGUACGCUUGUACGGCAUACAAGUUCGACCUCAUUCCCUUCUUUACCGACCCAUCGAUUGGUUCAUACCAAGGAGAUGUGGCUACGUACACUGGUUUCGCGGAUGAUGACCCCGUGACGUCUCCCAGCAACUUGGUGGUGGCGGGAGAAGACGACACCGGGACAACCUUACAGUGGGACGCUCCUGCUGAGAACGCAGGCUGUGUAGAUCACUACGAGGUGUGCACCAAACCCCAAGGAAGCGAGGAAUCUGUGUGUGAAUCGGUGGAGGACACGUCGGCCACCAUAUCUUCCCUGCAGGCCUGUGGCACGUACGACGUGACAGUAACACCCGUGACACUCUCUGGUAACGAGGGACCUUCCGUAGCAGACACCAUCACUACCGAGGAUGGAGUUCCCGGGCCACCUACCGAUGUUGUUGUGGGCAUCAUCACAGACUCGACCAUUGAUCUCAAGUGGAACGAUCCUCUCACAAAUCCUCUCUGCCUUUGGGAGUUCUCCAUCACUUGUGGUCCCAUAACUAAACUGGUCAAGCCAGGCUACCUUCGUGCUGAGGAAGAAUACGACAACUAUGCCACCAUUGGACCCCUCGAUGCCUGCACCGAUUACCAGUGUGAUAUUACUGCCAUUGGCAAAUCUGGCACUCCCAGCACUCCUGUCACAGUGUUUGCUUCUACUAAUGAGACAGAUCCCCUGGCUCCUCCCUACGUCCAUGUGGACUCUGGCAAUUCAACCGACUCCAUUGACGUGACGUGGGGCACCAACUCGGAUGACAAAUGUGCAGGAGGUGGUUUCGUAAUCUGCUGGAAUGAUGGGCUCCACCUUGAAGAGUGUGCGGAUGUGCCCGCUGGCACCGACAACUUCACCAUUCCUGACCUGUCCCCCUGCAGCCGCUACGACAUCUCUGUCAAUGUUGUGACUCCUGACGGCACCAGCAGUGAAACAGUUACUGAAUCCACCACCACUGCCGACAUUGUGCCUGGCCCAGUGACUAACCUGAUGGUCACUGACGUUGCGGAGACAGGAGUCAGACUGUCCUUUGAUCCGCCCACGGAAGAGCCACAGUGCGUCAAGGAAUACGACAUUAGAGUCAUCAACGAAGACCUGAGACGUCUGGUGAAGCCUAUGUUGGCAGAAGGUCCUGUGACGGACUUCAUCACUGGACUGGAAGCCUGCACUAAUUACUUGUUUAAGGUGCGUGCCAUCACCGCGACCGAAAAGGAGGGUCCUUGGACUGAAGUUAGGCAGAAAACCGCCGACUCUACGCCCUCCGAUCCCCAGCAGUUUUCAGCAAAGGAAAUAACCACCUCGUCCAUCACAGUGGAGUGGUAUGAACCGGCUACCUACAGUAACUGCGUCACCGAAUACUUGCUCUCCUGGGAAGGUGCAAGUGGAGACUCUGACUCUCAAGAAAUUACUUCUACUUCCACCUUCAAGAGCGAAGUUACUAUUGAUGGUCUCAAUGCAUGCGAGUCGUAUACGUUCAGCCUCUCUGCUAAGUCAACCAUCGGCGAGAGUCACGUCGUGACCUUCACGGCAUCAACACUUUGUGCUUAGAUACAACACCUUUGUGCCUAAAUACAACACCUUUGUGCCUAAAUACAACACCUUUGUGCCUAAAUACAACACCUCUGUGCCCAGAUACAACUCUGGUGACCCUGGCUAAUUUACUAACUUCAAGAGGGUCAUAGUGGAGUUACACUAGGAGGCGCUUACAAGUCUUCACUAAUCUUGAAAAAAAUUUAAACUUCUUGAAAACUAAGAAAUGAUUAUCAAUAACUAAAAAUUUCACAAGAUAAAAAACCCACACACACACAUAAAAAAAUCAACAGAGUUCUUUGAAAUAAGUAUUAUCCAUAGCUGUUCACCAACUCAGUCUCUGUUGACGACCAUUAUGGUACAUCCUCGUGGAUACUUGUCACUAUGUGAGGGGAACCGCUCGCUUGAGAGUUCCCCAGAGUGAUCAAGCUACCUCACCUUUCUUACCUCGCUCUCUCUUCUAUCCACAACUUUUUGUCACUGCUCUAUUUUACCCUAAACCUCCCCUUCCCCAGUCCUGCUACCCUUCUCAUGACAGCACAUUCUAGUCUCUUCCCAUUACGCAGCAAAGUCGAGUCCUGCCCAUCAGGUAGCAGGUAAAGCACAUCUUCUAUAAUGGAGUCUUGCUUCACAAUUACAUCUCGGAGUAUUAGUAGUAGUAUUACUGUACUAAUGAGAAAGGAGUGAAUCCGAAUGGGUUGUACAACACCAGAAUAACGAAGUAUUUGAGCAAGUAUUUUCUCUCUCGCUCUCAGUCACUGUGAAGACCUAAGCUUCUGUAUCUAGGGAAUAAUAAAUGCAAAUGAAAGAA